AGUCAAUAAAAAUGGCCUUCACACAGUAGUGAAACAAACAGCCAAUAAUAUUUUGUUUAGAGAAUUUGUUUAUGAAAAUGCCCAAGUUUUGGAGUGUUCCAGAGGAAGAUGUUAUGUGUGCUAUUUGUCUAACAUGUUGGAUUCAUAAAGACCCAAUACUAUUACACUGCAGUCAUACAUUCUGCUCCAAAUGCAUACAAAAUUUAGUGAGAUACAAUGGAAAAUAUAUUCUGACCUGCCCUAGUUGUCGAACGGCUCAUCCUUUAGUCUCACGUGAUGUGAGUAAGUUACCUAGAAAUAUUAUGUUUUCAAAUGCAGUAAAACAAAAUCAAAAUAAAGAGUACGACAUAGAGAAGAGAUUGAAGAUAGAUGAUGCAAAUGUGGCUGGAACAAGACAAAUGAUUAUGAAUCAAAUUGAUUUACAAGUGGAUAGAUUAGAAUCUUUUAUGAAAACUGACGUUCAUAAAAAUAACUCAGAAUUAAAAAUGCAAGUUGAAAGAUUUUUUCAGAUUCAACAGGAAAAACAAAAUAUGAAUCAACCGAGUUUACAGUUUCAAGCAACUUCCAAAUCCUCAUCUGAUAUAGCCAAUUGUCAACUUUUUAAACAAGUCGUCAAAACCUCAAUAAAAUUUAUAGAAGCAGAUUUUAAUUUAGGAAAAGUAAGGCAAGUUGAAACAAAAGAAAAUUUUGAUCUAACAGAAAAUUCGAGGACAGUAAAUUUUGAACAAAAAGAUAUUUCUAUCCGGGGAAUAUUUUUUAUAAAUUCACAUUUAUAUACUUUGGAAGAGAGAAUCUAUCCGAAUAAAAGUUUUACAAUUGUAAAGCAAGAUUUCAAUCUUGAAAAUGGACAAAUAUUUUCUAAACACGAUCAUGAACUGACUAACGCUUUUGUUGAUAAGGGAAAAGUUUACAUGAAUGACUUUAACGAUUCGCAUAAUUGUCUAACAGUUAAAUUUAAUUUACAAACCAAACACGUCAAGAAACUAUCUGUUAGUAAAUUCCUGCAUGAACUGCAAAAUUUCCGCUCUGUUGGUCAUAAAGAUAUAGUAGCGACUAGUAAGUCUCAUAUCAUGCGUAUAAAAGAUGGAAAAAUCUUAUGGACAGAAAAAGGAUUUAGAAGUUUAAGUGAGGUUCUACUAUUGAAAGUAAAGGCCGAAAAAAGAAAUGUGGCAAAAAAUAAGGAUAAUUUUGAUAUCAGCAUAGAUAAUCUACGAGGACAUUUGGAAAAAAGCUUUAGCUUCAAGCGCAGUCAUUUUCAGCCAGAGGCAAAAGAAAUUUGCAGACAUCACAUUCACGACUUCUUUGUUGAUUUAGCUAAUGAGAAUAGUCAGAAAGCUUUUGUUGACGUCCACAAUUUUACUUCCAAUAGUGAAGAUGAUAAUGGAAAUUUGGCCGAAGGAGCAAAUUAUAUUUAUGUCCUAAAAGGUUCAAACUGGGGUACUUCUGCGGAUAAUGUCAUUCUUAUCGGUAGUCACUAUGAUUCUCAAACAAAUACUUCGGGGGUUGACGAUAGUGGUUCCGGUAUGGCGGCAUUAUAUGAAAUUACCAAGUUGUUAACUAACGCUAACUGCCCCCAGGAACAUACUAUAGUAUUUGCAGCUUUCGACUUUGAGGAAUUUGGUUUACAAGGCAGUGCAGAAUUUGUCGAUGAUUGGCUUUUACCAAACAUUUUACAAAAGUUUGACACUUCAUUUCAAGUAGCUCUGAUCCUGGAAACUAUAAUGAAUUAUGAUUUUGCUAAUGAGACUCAGACGUUACCUUUUGGAACAGAAUUACUAUUUCCUGACCUAGUAAAGUUAUUAAGAGAUAGAGGAAUGAAAAGUGAUUUUCUAGCGAUAAUUGGUCGUCAAGAUGAAAACGAAAUAAUGAAAGAGUUGAGCGACACGUACUAUACUGUUGACGAUGAUCAUGUAACACCAUUCCAUGCUUUGGGAAUUGAAAUACCUAAGAGAGGAUGGGUUGAUGUUAUUGAAUGGUUUUUUUCUGGCCUCUAUGAUUUCUUAAGGAGUGAUCAUACCAGCUUCUGGACUUACGAUGGAAAUUUCACCGAUGUUGGCCUGAAAGCAUUAUUUAUUACAGACACAGCCAAUUUUCGUGGUUAUAUGAGGACUUGUUACCAUUUUCCUUGUGAUAAUAUGGAGAGAACGGCAACUGAAGAAAACCUAAAGUUCCUGAGGAGAAACGCCCUUGUAUUUACAAAAUAUUUGUAUGAGAAAACGAGGUCAAACUGCGACUUAAAAAUGGUAACUGCUAAAUAA